UCAUAUGUAACCCUAAGUCACUGUUGGGGACAAACACUCCAAGCCAGGUUGACGACUGACCUUGUCGAUGAUUACACACUGGGGAUUCCGUGGAAACAUCUAACCCCGACUUUCCAAGAUGCGAUAGUCACUUCGCUGAAGCUCGGGAUGUACUACAUCUGGAUUGACGCCCUCUGUAUCAUCCAAGAUGACGAAGAAGACUGGAGUCGCGAAGCCGUUCGAAUGACUGGGGUUUAUCUCAAUUCUUACCUUAACAUCUUUGCAGAUGCAUCCCGUGAUGGCGCUGGGGGCCUUUUUCGACGGCGUAAUCCGAUAGCCUGUCAAUCUUUCAUCGUGCCUCACUGGAAAGGUCACUCACAGCGCUGCGCCUCCAUAUUCUAUACCGAUAGAUGGUUCAGGGAUAUCCAAUCCAGCCCACUUUCGAAACGAGCGUGGACAGUUCAAGAGAUGUUUUUGGCACCAAGGGCACUUCAUUUUGCAACAGAGGUAGUGCACUGGGAAUGUAUGGAACUCUGUACUACAGAAAGUUUGCCAACUCUUCUCAACAUUAUUCCGGAAUCGAACAUCAUCAUUCGCAAGUCGGCGUUAAGAUACGACCUACCGGAGCAAGACAGGGCACAGGUGCUAUACGACGCCUGGUAUCGGCUUGUGAUUGCAUACUCGGGUGGGACUUUGACGUUCACGUCUGACCGCAUAAUCGCCAUUGCUGGUUUGGCUGGUAUCUUUUGCCGCCUCUUGGGGCUUUCCGAAGGCGACUAUCUGUGCGGAAUAUGGCGUCCUCAACUUGAACACGACUUAAUGUGGAAA